AUGUCAAGAGCGCCAGAGGAUGGCUUUGAAAGCAUGCCAAGCAGCAGAGAAUCAGAAGCAGGCGGUCAGAAGCGGCCCAAUGACUGUGACCAAGACCAUCUGAGCCAAAAGAAGCGAGUGACAAGAAGGAGACAUAGAAACUCGAGACUUGGAUGUGACGAAUGUAAAAGGAGGAGGAUUAAGUGCGACGAGACCAUCCCAGAGUGCCGUAAUUGUCAAAACCGUCAAAAAAGGGAACCGGGUAAAAGGUGUUCAUAUUUGUCUAUGAAUGAAGAGGAGUUGCAAAGCUUUAAACUCAAAAAACAACAGAAUAGACUGGUGGAAGGAACGAGAGUCAACAAGAUCCUGGAGGACCAUCCAGAUGAAAUUGCUUAUGAAAUCAAGAUGAUUGCACACGAGAGCGUUGAGCUCCCAGUUUCUGUCUGGACCUGCGUCUCGGGAAUGGAAAGUGUACGCGUUCCCAAAGCACUUUACCUACAAGUUCUGUUAAACGCCAAUCAGGACUGGGAUAUGUCUUCAAGGUCUUUCGUAGUUCUUGCUCUUUAUUCCAUCAUGAACUCGAUGAGCCACAAGAUUACAUUAGCAGACCAGGGGCAAGGCGAUUCAGCACAAGAAAUACUCCUAGCUGAGCGAGAAAUCUUGGAGAGAAUCGCAGUCAAAUAUAAAAAAGAGUUUUUGACCUAUGCGCGGGAAAUCAUAUCGAUGUUUUUGACGUCUAAGGCUGCAGUUGGAAAUGAAUAUCUCGGGACGCGAUUACUGAUCACCAAUACGGUUUUGCAAUAUAUUCAGCUGUACUCCAAUGCACAGUAUGACAGCAAUCACUAUGCUGCAAUGAUUGACAUGUGCCUGGAAAUUUAUAAGAACAAUGACCCGGAGAAAGUUGUACGAACCGUGCAGUUUUAUUGGAGCUCUAUGCCGAGAAACCUAUUUCAUUUGUAUUUUCCUGCAUAUUCCACAGACCUGCUAUUCGAAUUGAAGGCCGUUCUAAAAGAGUUUGAGCCAAUCAUAUUAGCGGCCGGUGAUGAAAGAGUGCAACUACAUCACAAGGAGCUCGGGGAUUUUAUUCAUUACGUGAUAGGCUUGCUGCCCCUUUCAACCAGCGUUUUGCCUCUGCCGGUCGAUGAGUUGUACGAAAUGUACCGUACAUGGUUUUUGGGUAUACCUUCAGAGGCCUUCUGCAUAUCGCGUACCAUGCCCGGGGUUCAGCGGGUUUUCUAUACUUUCUACCAUUCAAUCGCGUCAUACUUGAACAACUUGUUCCCUGCAGGAUGCUACUUGAUGUCGCGCCCUUUCCACGGCCCCACAAGUCUCUAUCCGUUUUCUUUGAAUAUUGUGUUUGAAGACCUGGACCACUUACUCGGUCCGUUUGCUGAGUUUUCCGUGCGCCUCUUAUCUUUCAUGGAGAGGAGAGAGCACAUUCUUCAAAACUUCUUCGAGGUGAAAGACCCGUUGCCACCUGGACUGCAUAAAUUUAGGUUCCAAAAGGGCGAGGUUCGAAACCUCAAAGAGAAAUUUAUCUCUUCUUUGAGAGAAGAACUGAUAACAUGGGAUAACUAUCCUGAUUUAGUACCGAAUACUGAGCAUAGUGAAGGCAAAGACAUGAAAUAUUUCGUUCUAACUGAACGUGAAGCUGCUAAGAGCCAAAUACAAAGGUGGCGACAAGCCAAAAAUACUUACAGCGGGGCCGAGCAUUUUCCAACUGAGAGUAAUGGACUGUUGAUAGACCAGAUUCUCGAGCAAAUGAAAAGCGCAGAUCCUUUCCUCGCGAUGCAACGGAAAAAGCCAUUGGGUAGUUUCGGGAUUGAAUACUCAAGCGACAGAGGGUACCAGAUGGGCGAUCGAGGGCUUUUCCAGCAGGAUUGUGACGUUAGCCUGUUUUUUGAACAGAGCUCCCCGGCGUUCCUUUCAGUUUUGCCUUCAGUGGAACAUGUCCAGGAUUACAAGGCAGACAGGAUUUGUGUGGUUUCAAAUACAGGCAGCCGAAAGUUGUAUAAUUAUUAA